GACUCUUAACAACCGCACACUUGGACCUUUUCGGACUGCAGCAUGUUGAGGGUCCAGACUUGGCUCCUGCUCUUGGUUCUUUGUGUGGGAGCCUCAGAGGCCUGGUUCUGGUAUGCCGAGCCAGAGUCCACCACCGAGGCCCCGACAGGUGCCACCCCGACACCCACAAAGAGGGCGGAUGAGGACGAUAACAACUUGUCAGGGGUCGGAGACGAGAUCAUCAACGUGGCCACUGGAAUCCGCAAGUUGGUGACGGCAGGGGACACGACCGCCAUCCCCCGGACUACUAGUGGACCCCUGAAGGAGGAGAGCGCUAACCAAAACAUGACGGGUAAUAAUGACGGGUUGAAGGUGGGGAAGGUUGAGGAAGGGUCUGGGGUCUGGGAGGGGGAUGCAUCUGGAUCAGGAUCAGGGUCCAGGCAGAAUGUUGGGUCCGAGUUAGACCCAGAUCUCGAAGGUGGCGCCAUGGAGCAAGGUAACGCCACUAGCAUAACAGACGCCAACAACGGGACUCUGGAUGCUUCCAAACUACCUUGUCUCUCCGUACCCUCUGAUUGGCCCAUGUGCUCCAGAAAACGCCCGCAGUUUUUCACCUUGCCGAAUUUUUUCAACCACUCGUCUGUGGAGCAGGUGGGGGCGGCCCUCCUGGGGUGGCGGCGGCUGACCACGGCGGGCUGUCACCACAGCGCCGAGUGGUUGGUGUGCCUCCUGCUGGCGCCCAGGUGCCCCUCCAACGCCAGCGCGGCCCCGCGCCUGCCCUGCCGCAGCUUCUGCCACCAAGUGCAGGACAGCUGCUGGGCGUCGCAAGGAAGCGGGCGGCCGCCGCUGGAUUGUAGCCUCCUUCCUGUGGACACGCAGGAGCCCGGCCGCCCUCCGUGUGCGUCCGUCGGUAACUGGAAAGAGCAGAGCAGUUUGUCUCUGCUCCAGCUGAUCGGAGAUCCGCCGCCCGAUGAGAUCGACCGUGUGAGCGGGCCGAGCGGGACCCCGACCUAUGUCUUCACUUCUGCCGCUGCGACGGGUCAGCCGGCUCUGGCCCACAUCCCCAACCCUUUCUACCGCCACUUCUCCCUCCUCUUCCACAUCAAGCCGUCCACUCCUGCCGCCUCCGUCCUCUUCUCCAUCACGGACGGGCCCCAGAGGCUCAUGCACGUCGCCGUCAAGCUCGGCCCCGUGCAGUCGGGGCGUCAGAGGGUGCGGUUCUUCUACACCGAGCCCGAUUCGGAGGCGUCUUACGAAGCGGCGAGCUUCGAGGUGCCGAGCAUGGUGGGCAGGUGGACUCGUUUCUCUCUCGCGCUCUUUGAGGACCAGGUGACCUUCUACCAAGGAUGCGAGUCGGAACCGCGGGUGGUCAAGUUUGAGCGCUCACCGGACCCCAUGGAGCUUGACCCAGCAGCCGGGAUCUUUGUCGGUCAGGCUGGGGGAGCUGAUCCAGACAAGUUCCAGGGUGAGAUUGCAGAGCUGAAAGUGGUGGGAAACUCUCACGCAGCCGAGCGGUUGUGCGACGACUCCGACGACGACACAGACGCCGCGUCUGGUGACUUUGGCAGCGGCGAAGGCAACACAAGGCAAACACAAGUCUCGGUCAAGACCACACCUGCAUCGUUCAGGCCCGUACCAGAACCUCCAUUGAUAGCUUCAAAGGGAGGCAGACUGAAGGAAACAGGUGGUGUCAGAGGAGGAAAGGGUGACCGAGGAGAGAAAGGCACCCAGGGGGACAGAGGCCCCACGGGGCCAAAGGGAGACUCAGGUUCAGGAUUCUCCACACAAGCUGGAGGUAGCGGGCAGAAGGGCGAAAAGGGAGAUAAGGGUAGUACCGCUUUUGGAACUAAAGGAGAGCGUGGGGAUCAGGGUCCCCCAGGGCCUCCUGGGCCUUUGGGACGUGCUGGCGAGGUACUCCACAUUGGGGACGGUUCUUCCUUGCAGCAGUCGUCCGGACCCCCCGGACCUCCAGGCAGAGAUGGGUUGCCAGGUCCAGCAGGAGCUGAUGGAGAGCCUGGCGACCCGGGAGAGGAUGGAAAAACUGGUCCUGCAGGGCCCCCGGGUUUCCCAGGAAUUCCAGGAAGUAUUGGUGCUCGAGGCCAAAAGGGCGAGCGAGGCGAAGGACAACCUGGACCCAGAGGUCCCCCAGGACCUCCCGGACCAGGGACUGGAAGUCGCCCGACGUUUGUUGAUAUGGAGGGAUCAGGAUUCUCGGAGUGGGAUAAGAUCAGGGAACUUCGUGGCCCUCCAGGACUUCCAGGCCCUCCAGGCCUACCUGGGGUUCCCGGUACAUCAGUUGCACUCGGUUCCAAUGGUGCAGUGGCCUUUGGACCUCCUGGAUCACCUGGAAGGGAUGGAGCCUCCGGUCUACCAGGGCCUUCUGGGCUUCCUGGUCUACCGGGUCAACCUGGACUCAAAGGAGCAAAGGGUGACUCUGGUGAGCUCAACCUUCAGGGAGCAGCUGGAGAGAAGGGUUCUCGUGGGGACCCUGGACUGCCAGGAACGCAUGGACAGACUGGGCUGGCUGGGCUUCCGGGUCCCAUGGGUCCAUCUGGGCCUCCAGGACCACCUGGGCCACCAGGGUCACCAAACUCCUUUGGCUUUGCUGACCGAGAUGGCUUUGAGAGGACCAGCAGCAUACCGGGCCCACCAGGACCACAGGGUUCUCCAGGAAUCCCAGGUCUACCGGGCCGACCAGGUUUACCGGGAAGCAACGGUGAAAAAGGAGCAGAGGGACAAAGAGGGCCACUAGGAAUCCCAGGUCUGGAUGGGUUUCCAGGAGAGACAGGGGUGAAAGGGGAUAGAGGAGGGAAGGGAGAACAAGGUUUUCCAGGGCGUGACGGUGGACUACCUGGACCUCCAGGGCCUCCGGGACCUCCUGGCCGGAUCAUAUACUCGACAGACGGUGAUUAUAACAACGUUUAUUGGAGAGAAGGGUUGCAGACGGGGGCAGGAAUUCCAGGCCGUGCUGGAUUUCCCGGACCAGUAGGACCGAAGGGGGACAAGGGGGACACCGGUUCUCCGGGUUUUGCCCCUAAGGGUGAGAAAGGAGAGCCAGGUAUCGUCAUGGGUCCCGAUGGACGUCCUUUCUACCUGGGGGGCGAGGCAGGAAAUCAAGGCGACGUUGGACCUCCUGGCCCAGUUGGACCUCCAGGCUCUUAUGGUCCUACUGGCCCAAAAGGAGAAAUCGGCUUUCCAGGUCGACCAGGUCGACCAGGACUGAACGGCGUCAAAGGGCAGAAGGGAGAGUCAGAUGGCGGGUCUGGAUACGCCGGUCCCCCAGGUCCGCCGGGCCCACCUGGACCUCCUGGACCGACAUCCAGAGGAUUUGAAGACUACUCCAGGCAUUAUCCAGCUGCUAAAGGAGAGAAAGGUGACCGUGGAACACCAGGUCUACCCAGCCAACCAGGUGUUGAGUCCAACUUUGACAUAUACGCCUUUAAGAGCGAGUUGAAAGGUGAAUCAGGAGAUCCGGGCUUCAAAGGAGAGAAAGGAGAACCAGGCGGUGGAUAUUAUGACCCGCGUUAUGGAGGAAGUGGAGCACCGGGUGUCCCGGGACCCCCGGGCCCGCAAGGGGACUCCAUUGUUGGCCCCCCGGGUCCCCAGGGGCCACCCGGUUUACCAGGAAGAGGCUAUGAUGGUCAACCAGGACCACCGGGGCCACCUGGACCUCCAGGACCCGCCUUGCUUGGGCCUCACAGGGGAACACAAACCAUCAGUAUUCCUGGACCUGCUGGACCACCUGGAAUCCCUGGAUUACCAGGACACUCGUCGGGGGUGACCGUGCUACAGUCCUACGAUGUCAUGACCGCUACUGCCAGAAGACAACCAGAGGGCUCGCUGGUUUAUGUCAUAGAACAGACAGAUCUUUACUUACGAGUCAGAGAAGGGGUUCGCCAAGUCCACCUAGGGGGCUACAUUCCUCUGCCGGGUGAAGACGGCAAUGAGGUUGCAGCAGUGGAACCCCCACCAGUUGUUCCGUAUUCCCCGCACCAUAACUCCAACGACUCCUAUGGGCAUGCGCAGAGUCCAGUCCCGGUAAAUCCAGACCAUUCUUCCCAGCCUGACCCACAUCGGACCAGCCAGCCAAACCCUCCGUACCAAACAAACCAUGAUAGCCGAGAGCCAAACCUUCCCUAUCCCAGAUACCAUCCUGACACUCGAUACCCAUCUCAGCCGGAUCCACAAUACCCGGCCCCAACAGACCCAAGAUACCCGAGUUACACAGAACGGGUGGACCACCCAGAUGGUCGUUAUCCAAUCCAUUCAUCCCAUGAACGGCCACCAUACUACGCAGUAACCCCUCAGCGAAGGCCCCAUCCACCUGUGGCACACACUCCGACCCAUCGUCACACAUCAGGUCCAGGGCUCCACCUAAUAGCCUUGAACCAGCCCCAGACUGGAUCCAUGCAGGGCAUCCGGGGCGCCGACUUCCUGUGCUUCACCCAGGCCCAAGCCAUCGGGAUGAAAGGAACAUUCCGGGCCUUCUUAUCCUCCAAACUCCAGGAUUUACAGAGCAUUGUCCGCAAAGCCGACAGGGACCGCUUGCCUUUAGUCAACCUGAAGGACGAGAUUCUGUUUGACAAUUGGGACGCCAUGUUUAGAGGAGACAGAAUGAAAGAGAAUGUCCCAAUCUACUCUUUUGAUGGGAAAGAUGUUCUGCGUGACAGCACAUGGCCUGAGAAGAUGAUGUGGCACGGCACAACCACUAAUGGGCAGCGGCAUGUGGAUAGUUACUGCGAGGCGUGGCGUGUGAGCAGCCCUGCGCUGACUGGUACGGCGGCGUCGCUACAGAGUGGCAGUUUGCUGCAGCAGAGUUCCAGCAGCUGCUCCAGCUCCUAUGUUGUGCUGUGUGUGGAGAACAGCUACAUUGGCCAGGCCAGGAGAUAAGCACACACACACACAAGAACCCUGCUACGGGCUAUAACAUUGUUAAAUGGUCUCUUACACAUUGUUUUUUAAAUUGCAUUUAGUGGUGCUACACAAGAUAAUCAUAGGAUAUGUGAAACAGAAGCUACAGUAUACUGGACUGUAACUGUGGACAGAUUUGAACGUACCUAAGCUCCAAUGAACAAGAUCAUGUAUUUGAAAGGAAAACAACUAAUAACUGUUUUUUUUUUUUUGCAAUAACAAGGAUAUUUUGUGUGUGUUUUUCUAAAUAAGCGUGCCUGUUCUUUUUCAACUUUUAACUGACGUCUUGUUUAAGUUUUUUGCAAAAUAAUUC